AUGCUAUCCUUUUCUAUUCUUCCUCUCCUAGUCUUCGGGCUCGUCUGCUCUGCGAAUCCACUUUAUAAGCGACAAUCAACCGAUACCACUCCCUUCAAGCUGUAUGCGUAUGGCGCAGACAUUAGUGGACUUCCCAUCUUCUACAUGAACGGUACUGCCCAUGCCGCAGAUGCAUCCAAAGUAAGCGCACCAACAAUGGCCGCAAUGACCCCAGUCGACUUUACUGCCGCCACCGACGGGUCAAACACCUGGACUGCACAUUCCAGUUCCACCGAGGGCGUUAACACUCUCUCGACUGAUACCAAUAACCUGUGUCUAGAACAGGGCAGUGCGAACUCCAAUCCAGUUGCAUUCACUGGAGCAUCGUCGGGAGAUCGGACGAACCAGCUCAGCAAUGUGUGGUCUACAUAUGGGGGCUAUGUCCUAGUCGAUGUGGAAGGGGCCAACUUUUAUGCAAGACAAACUGAGGAUGGCGUGUACUCUUUGCUUUGGAGUAGCUCAGCUGAAGUCAUGACAGAUACUAUACCGCUAGUGCUGCGAACUGUUGAGCCGGCGACGGUAUCUGUACUGAGCUGA